AUGCAAAAAAGUGACUCUGAAUACGAUAUAGAAAGUGACGAUGAUGAAGAUAAGAGUGGUACUCAGAACUCAACGGUUGUAGGAAUGAAGGAGACAGGUUUAACUAAUAAGAAGAAGACACUAGAUGAAAAGGAUAAUAAAUACUAUUGUAAUCUCUGUGCAGCCGGUGGUUGGGAUAAAUCGGUUAGCUUAUCACAACAUAUGAGACAUAUGCACAAGGUUGAGUAUAAUGCUUCCAUUGAAGUUCCGAUGACAAAACGACGUUGGACUAAAGAUGAAGUUUUAAUACUAGCAGAAUUUGAAGCGAAAAUCCCACCCGGUGGUGGUAAAUCCAUUAAUCAAAUUCUAGUUGAAAAGUUUUCUACUCGAACGCUUGAGUCCAUCAAAUCACGUCGUAAAAUGAAAGAGUACAGAAAUUUGGUGCAACAACUACGCGAUUGUCAUGCAUCACAAACUAUCGAGGGAUUAGAAUGUACAGAAGGGUCUUCAGAUGUAAAUAACCUUACUGUCGUGAAUGAUAGUAUAAUCGUAGAAGAAGACAAUGAAACUAAUCCUGACGACAGAGAUAUUACUGUACUAGGAACUGAUGGUACUACCUACCCCAAUAUACAACAAUACAUUAAAGAGAAGAUAAUUGAGGGUAGGGUUCGAAUGUGUACUACAAUGGUUGAAGCCUUGUCGCAUUAUGUCAAUGACGAUGUACGUACUGACCCAGUGGAAGAAUCACUAAAUGGAAUACGUGAAGCAUUAGAAAGUAUUCAUUCAUCUAAAACGCACAUAGAUGAAAAGGUAAACGCUGGGAGUAAACUUCGUAGUAUCAAAACAAAACAAAAGGUACACAAGUUUUCUCAUUACCAACGUUUAUUCAAAAAGGACAAAUCAAAGUUAGCGUCAGAAAUCUUUGAUGGUGUUGACGAUUCUGCAGUCAAACCACCCAUGUCCGUUGCACAUGAAUAUUUUCGAAAGAUCUGGGAAGCUGACACAAAAGAUACCGGCACGCUAGAAUACAAAGCCUCGGUAGGAGCUGACGUUCUUCUCGGACCAAUAACACGCGAGGAGAUUGCCUGGGCUAUAGAUCAAACAAAGAAUCAAACAGCUGUCGGUCCAGAUCACGUGUCAUUAAGUGAUGUUCGAAGUAUAGCAAAGAAUGAGUUAUGGUGUGCAUACAACAUCUGGAUUGGUUUAAGAAAGAUUCCUGAAUCACUUAAACUCAAUCGAACAGUGUUGUUACCAAAAGGAAAGGACGGCCUCGAGAACAUCAAAAAUUGGCGUCCAAUAACCAUAGCUUCUAUAAUACUUCGAAUAUACAAUAAAAUACUGGCACGCAGGAUGCAAUCCGUAUUUCGCACUAGUUCUAAGCAGACUGGUUUCAAACCAGUGAACGGUGUAGGUCAGAAUGUAGCUAUCCUUCACAAUCUAUUGAGACAUGCGCGUACUCAUAAGAACAAUUUAUUUGUGUGUCUACUAGAUGUGAGCAAGGCCUUUGAUUCAGUACCACAUACAUCUAUCAUACGUGCACUAGCUAGGAAUGGUUGUCCAAGUGAAUUCAUCGACAUUAUUAAAAAUGAAUAUGAGAACUCGUACACAGCAUUAUCGUGUGCGGAUGGAAACUCACCAUUGGUAUACAUAAAGAGAGGUGUUAAACAAGGCGAUCCGAUGUCAUCUAUCCUAUUCAAUCUCGUCAUCGAUGAACUCUUCGGGAUAAUAGGUGAUCGUUUUGGAUACGAACUCGAAGGCGUCGGAAGGGUUAACGCACGCGCCUUUGCAGACGACAUUGCAUUAAUUUCAGGAUCUGAAAUUGGUAUGCAGGAACUUCUUUCGACAACGGAAGAGUUUCUAAGUGCCAGAGGUCUUGAACUUAAUGUGGAUAAGUGUAUUGCUAUAGGUCUUAGGAAAGCGGGUAAGGUUAAAAAGUCACAAAUCGUUGACUCAUCCGUAAAAAAUCCACCAUCUUUUACGGUUAAAAAUAAACCUAUCCGACUAUUAGGUAUAAAGGAACAAUGUCGUUAUUUAGGAGUUCGAUUCACACCUUUCGGAGCAGUUGAUCCAAGAGAACCAGUGGCUGAACUCAAAUCAGCAUUGGCAUCAUUAAAAAAAGCACCGUUAAAACCGCAACAGAAAGUGUUGAUGCUUCGGAUGUAUCUCAUUCCGCGAUUCAUCUUUUCAUUUAUCAAUACGGAAUGUUACCCGAAGCUAAUAGGACAACAAGAUCGUCUUAUUAGACGGUGGCUUAAAGAAAUACUUCGACUGCCCCAAUCAGUAUGUACUGAGUUUUUCUAUCAACCAAUAAAAGAUGGAGGCCUAGGCGUGGGGAAACUAUAUGACACAAUAGGUAUCGCUAAGGUACGUCUUCAUGGUUCGUUUACUCGAGCUGGUGAUGAAUGCUUACGUUUUCUUGUCGAAACACAGGGAUCCAGUAUGCAUGCACGCUGGUGUCAUGCCAUGAAGCUUAGCACCCGCCCUUCAGCCGUUGACAUCAACGCAAGGUCAGUUCUCACCAUCGAUGAAUCUCGUGUUCGACUAUCUGAAACAGUGCACGGCAGCGGCAGUGAAAUAUUCAGAAACAGUCCUAUAACCAAUCAAUGGUUAUCAGGACAUACAAGAAUAAUGAAAGGAAGUACGUUUAUCAGAGCUAUUCAGAUGCGUACAAAUACAACACCGACCCUCGUCUCUACUACAAGAGGUCGCGAUGUUAAUAAAACAUGUCGCCGCUGUGGUCUUGCAGAUGAAACCUUAAUCCACAUUCUCCAAACAUGUCCUAUCACACAGGGCAUGAGAUGUCGAAGACAUAAUAAUGUUUGUCGAAAAGUAUCAGAUAAGCUCCGUUCGAAAGGAUUCCAAGUAUUCCAAGAACAAGGUAUUCCUUCACCACAACUGCAGACUAACAUAUCACGGCCCGAUCUAAUCGCAACUCGUGGUGAACAGGCACUUGUUCUGGAUGUAACGUGCGUCUUUGAAUCGAAUAACAACAGUUUUCAAGACGCGUAUCGACGUAAAGUGGAUCGUUACAAAUGCUUGGCUGAAACUAUUAAAGUAAAGUAUAAAGUUAAUGAUGUCACCUUUCAUGGUCUAUGUAUUGGAAGUCGUGGUGCAUACGAUCCGAGACAUCUUUCAAUCUGGCACUCUAUUGGUUUUUCCGGUGCUGAACUGGCAAUACUUGCGAUAGGAGUGAUCGAAGACUCUCUGAGGACGAUUACCUUGUUCAACAAUGCUAACAGAUUACAUAUCUAAUACUUUGGUACGACGAUAUGGAAAAGGAAGUAUUUGGACAAGUAAUCAGUGGUGAAGAGGUAGAAGAAAGACCGGAAUUGGUGUUAUGGGUUGGUGUUUGGUAAUGGUUGUGGUUGGUGAUUGAUGUUCACAACGGCGACAAAUUCACGGCGGCAACGUCAUCAUCUUUUGAAGCUCCUCACGGAGUGGAAUAUAUGCGACCCUCGGUGUUUGUCAAUGGUGUAAAUAUUCUUUCCGGUGAUGGUGUUAAUAGUGGUUUUCAAUAUUCAUCUUUUUACCUAGUUAAUGUAAUUUUUCCAUCUUUGUCAUCAGUUUUUAAUUUCUACUCUCACUUGUAAAUUCUCUCUAUUUCUUAUUCUUUUUUGUACUUGUCGUCACGGCUACGGCUGGGCGUCAAGGUCUUACUUGCGGACCAUGUAAAUGCAAGAAAGUUUUAAUAAAUUUUUAGCCAAAUGCCUCGUCAUCUAGUUAGUGACGCGCAUGAAUGGAUUAACGAGAUUCCCACUGUCCCUGUCUACUAUCUAGCGAAACCACAGCCAAGGGAACGGGCUUGGACUUCAAUGCGG